UUCUGCAGGUAAAGGUCAAAGGUCAACACACAAGGAGCAGUAAAACAUACUCUCUGUGGCGAUGGAUAAGUUGCAGCAGAAGGCUGUGGAGCAACCUGAGCAGAAGAAAUCCAAGUCGGCUGAAUUUCUGAUGGCAGAAAGAGGCUUGAUGGAAGGCGCCGUGAAUCCUGCGUUCCAGGAGGACUCGGAGGAAGAGAGUGAGAUGAGAGAUGGCGUGAACGAUAGCACGCUUGUAGCUCGGCGACAUCAGGCCACAGUUACGGCACGAGGAAAUGAAGGUGCCCAAAAUUACUUUGACCCCUCGUCGGCGGUGGAGGGUGACCCAAGGCGGUGCAGGAUGACUGGGGUUGGAGGCAGAGAUGAGCUGGAAUUAAAGUUCAUGAAUGAAGAUGAGAGGAACCUUUAUGAGAAACUUUCCGAAAUGUUUCAGGAAGAAGACGCCUCCACUGUCAUAGAUUUACCAGGUAUGGUGGUGUCUGAGCGUGUUGAGGAUGUUGAACCAGUGGCUGAGGAUGGAUUGAGGGAUCGACGAAGGACUGAGCUGCUGGAGAGGAGAGUGGAGGUCAUCCCUCAGUAUGUGGAGCAGCUCAGAGAGCGUGUGCAGAAAGACAUGAUCCCAGUGGGCAAACCCGUGCUGGAACAGGAAGAGCGUUCAGAGCGAGGGAAGACAGAGGAAAAGGUGUGGGCGAGGAAGCAGAGAGUAAUGUCGUUCUUAAGGGGAAAUUCAAAGAUCAGGCACAGAGAUGAAGAGGAAGCCGUUCUGCAGGACAGACUCUACUCUGUGUUCCAGCGGGCGGAGAAUCGCUUGCAGAAUUCUUUGCGUCAACAGCAGGCUGAGAUCAUCGACCAAUAUGGUGAAAUUAUUGAAGAGAAUGAAAACACAGAGCCACUAGGCAUCAAAUCUGACCUCCACUGGCAGCAAGGUUUCAGCAAAAGCCGGCCUGCGUGCCAGAAAGUGAGGGAUGAGAAGUGUUAA